AUGAAGUGUCUCGGGGUCCUCUGGCUGGCGGCCCUCUCAGAAUGCUUAGUCAAGAUCCCCCUGAGGCAGGUCAAGUCCGAGACAGAAGAACUCAGGGAAAAAUACUUGUUGAAAGGCUACAGCGGGAAGCAGGGGGACAGGCCAGCCUACGAGUAUCUCCGCCAAUAUCUGAACGAGGACAAGACUUUCACGCCCCUGAGGAACUACCAGGACAUGGCCUAUGUUGGCAACAUUAGCGUUGGAACCCCCCCGCAAAGCUUCAAGGUCAUCUUCGACACGGGCUCAUCCGAACUGUGGGUGCCGUCCAUCUACUGCAGCAGCCUGGCCUGCACUAAUCACCAGGUCUUCAACCCCGAGCCGUCAUCCACCUUCCAGACGUCUUACAAGACUUUCCGCAUCCUCUACAGCUCCGGGGAGGUGUCCGGAUUCCUGGCCUCUGACAAUGUCCAGAUCGGGAAUCUUAUUGUCGUGAACCAGACAUUAGGCCUGACCCUGAAGGAGGCUGACGUGAUGAAAAACGGACCCUUCGACGGCAUCCUGGGCCUGGCCUUCCCUGGGCUCUCCCACCACGGAACUACUCCCUUCUUCGACAACCUGUGGCAGCAAGGCCUCCUUUCUCAGGAAGUCUUUGCCUUCUACUUAAGCAGCAAAGGCAAGGAGGGCAGCAUGGUGAUGUUCGGAGGGGUGGACCCCACCUACUACACUGGGGAACUCAAGUGGGUGCCGGUGUCCAGACCCCUUUACUGGCAGAUAACCAUGGACAGCAUCUCCAUGAACGGGGAGGUCGUUGCUUGUCACGGGAGCUGCCAGGCCAUCGUGGACACCGGGACCUCGCUGUUGGCUGGCCCAGCCACGGACGUCCUCAACAUCCAGGAGAGGAUCCGCGGAUUCGGCAGCGGGCAGUACAACAGUAAAAAGGGCCUGGUCCUCUGCGAGGCCAAGAAUAUCCUGCCUGACAUCGUCUUCACCAUCAACGGCGCCGACUACCCAUUGGCCGCCAGUGCCUACCUGCACCAGAUCCCAGCGACCGCCUGCUACAGCAACUUCAGGCCGCUCCCCGACCUCUCCAAGUCGCCGUUCUGGGUCCUAGGGGACGUCUUCCUGCGGAGGUACUUCUCGGUGUUCGACCGGGGGAGCAAUCGGAUCGGCCUGGCUCCUGCAGUGUAA